AUGGCCAAAGCUCCAGAUCAGUCCAAUAAUUCAAGCGGCCAUAGAGAGAACGCCUUCAUUCUCCGAAUCAAAGAAAUCGUAAGGGAAGGGGAAGGGCUAGUUAAUGAUGCAAAGAUCCCUGUCUCCAUCUUUCGCGUUCCAAAAUAUCUGAGUGCCAUGAAGCCGGUGGCCUAUGAGCCUCAGCUCAUGGGUCUAGGGCCGUUUCACCAUUGCCGCCCCGAGUUCGUCGGCAUGGAGAGGUACAAGCUUGCCGUCAUAUCUAAGCCUUCGAAGCUGUUCGGUCACCUUGGUGAAUUCGAACAACUUGUGAAGAAGCUUAGCGAUCGCCAAAUUAAGCAUCGAGCCCGGUUAUCCUACUACAACUACUCGGACGAUAUCGACAACGAGACUCUGGUCUGGAUCAUGGCCAUCGAUGGUAUGUUCUUGCUCGAGUUCCUCAGUAACUAUGUUCCCGUAAAUGGUAUCAACCCGAAUGCAACUCUGACGGCUCAUCUAGUCGACUACUCGGGGAACAAACUGGCCCACCACUCGAUCAUUACAGGCAUAAUGAUGCUCGAAAACCAAAUCCCCAUGUCUGUUCUCAAGGACAUCUUGUUAAUCCGGUGCUUGUCUGAUGAUGAUGAUGAUGAACAACUUAACCAGAAAUGGGCUACUGGCCUCAUCAAAUUCUGUAAAAUAGUUGCUCCAUUGAAACUGCCCAAGAAUCCUCUCUCCCCGUACAACCUAGUUUUCCAUUCUCAUCAUCUGCUCGACCUUUUGUACCAUCUGGCCUUGCCCUCAUUGAAUCCUUCCAACAAUCAAGAACCCGCAAAUAUCGAAAGUGCCUCGGAUAGUUCAAGUGAUCAUGAGGGGACCACUGGAGGCUGCCAAAGACCACGCCCUCCGAAUGUAGGGAAAAAUGUUCAAUUCUUUAUCCGACUCUGGGAAGCCAUAGUCAAUCUCAACAUUGGCUGGGUGCGUAACGUAACAAAACCUAUGAAGGCUAUGGCUGGAGUCCCUUGCAAUGUUCUGGUUGAAAUUGCACCAAAAAACCUAAAAAGCUCUAUCCCAGGUCUGGAGACUUCGGGGGAUGAGGAAGACAAUAGGCCCUUAGUAGAUGAAAUAUUGAUUCCCUCUGUAUCAGAACUUAUUGAUGCUGGAGUUGAAUUCGAGCCAGCUGAUGAUAUAUCCAGCAUCCGGUUUGACAAGGAAACCAGAACAUUCUACCUCCCUGUCCUUAAGCUGGACGUGAAUUCCGAGGUUAUAAUCAGGAACAUGAUAGCCUACGAGGCCGCCACUGUCUUGGACUCUCUUGUUUUCGCUCGAUUCAGUGAGAUGAUCAAUGGGAUUAUAGAUACAGCCCAGGAUGCAAUUCGGUUGAGGGAGAAAGGGAUCGUCUUGAACAGCUUGAAGAGUGAUCAAGAUGUUGCCGAUCUCUUCAAUGGGCCUUGCAAGCACAUUCGGCUCUCGCAUUCUGAUAGCAUUGAUAAAGCCAUUAAAGAAGUGAACCACUACUACAAUAACACAAGGAGGGUUGGAGUAUACAAUUUCAUGAGGAAGCAUGUCUACGAAUCUUGGCGGUUUCUCUCAGUUGUCGCUGCUGUCUUGCUCUUUUCCCUGACGGCCAUAGAAUCAGUGUGCUCGGUUUAUGGAUGCUUUCGGGCUGCAAAGUCUUAA